AUGGAGAUGCGGUACCUGGGGCUCACGAUAGACAACCGCCUCACGUGGUUCGCUGCUGUGCGCCGGCUGCGCACUGAGAUGCGCCGAGUGGAGAGUGCGGUGCGCGGCCUUCUCGCCCGUGGCGACGGCUGCCCUGCCUCGUUCGCGGCGGCGCUCUACUCUGCGGUGGCACUGCCGAAAGUGUUGUACGCGCUACCACUGUGUCGUGUCAGUGCCCGGCUGUGGAAGCUCAUCGACAGCAACCACCGCCGAGUGCUUCGCAUGUGCCACGGCCUCCCUCGCUCAUCGCGGGUUGCGGAGACGCUCGCGGAAACUGGCGCGUGGCCAGUCUCUUUGACGGCUGACCUGCGUGCCCUCGGCCACCUCGAGCGCCUCUCCUGUGCCCCGGACGCAGGACCCAUCCUGGCCCUCAUCCGCUGCCUGCCCCAGUCACGAGUGGGAACAGUGUGCGAACUGUAUGACAGCCUGGUGGUCGACCCCCCGCCCGUACCGCCGACCUGGCCACCGCCACACCAGCGCACGCCACUUCACGUGUGUCUAGACCUCCCGGGCGUCCGCUCCAAACAUCGCACGCCUCUCUGCGCUGUACAGCAGGAGGCUGCUGCCAGGAUCGAGGACGACCUGGGAGGAAGGACGCACUUGUAUGCCGAUGGCUCCGUCCUCAGCGACGGCUCGGCGGCUGCCGCCUGUGUUGCUCCCGAACUUGGCAUCACGAAGCAGUGCCGGCUCUACUACCGGGCUUCCUCUACCACCGCGGAGCUAGCUGGACUUCACCUCGCUGCGGACAUCCUCGAGGAGUCGCCGCACAUCACCAGCGCGGCGAUUCUCUGCGAUUCGAGGUCCGCGCUGCAGCAGCUGCUGCUCGACGAGCGCGCGCCGCCCCUUGCACAGCGCCUUGCCGUCCGUCUGCACGCACUGCAGGGGCGAUGCAACCUACGCCUGCAGUGGAUCCCCUCGCACGUCGGAGUCGCGGGCAACGAGACGGCGGACCAGCUGGCCAGGCGCGCACACGACCCGUCAACCGCGCUGACAGACCGGCGAUGA